AUGUCAUUAUCACGAGGCCUACACGCUGAAUUAUGCAGUUAUGUCCAAGAGAAAUGUAAUUCCAUAUUCGGAUCAAAGUUCUGGGAUUGCCGAUUGGCGUGUGGCGUGGAAUACGCUACAAAAAUAGACAAGUUUGAAAGCCGAAUCUUUGCAAUAUCAAAAUUUCGAGUUUUCAUAUUGCAUGGGAAAACGCCAUCUUUGUUGAAGAUUGAUCGAACUUUCCAUAUCUUAUCAAUACGUACGAUUCAAAUUGUCAACAAUAAUGAAGUGUGCUUUGGUCUCGAUGAAAGUUUUUUGGGCAAAAGGCGUAUUUUCAUUCGUUUGGAAAAUGGUUCCAAAAAUAUUGCUCUUUCUGUACUUUCCGCUUUUAAGCAUUAUUUCCCGGAUAUUACCCAAAAUCUAAGGAAUUUGUUGGAAUUAAGCCCGACUAAUUUAUAUGACGAAUUUUGGUUUUUGCCUAGCAGCCGACCAUACCUGCCCUGUCAUAAUUUUCGUAGAUCUUACGCUGCCGUUUGUGAUUAUUAUGAUCAACCAUUCCGUGAUGAAGUUGUUUGGGAUAUAGAAAAAAUAUAUGCGAUGCAUGGAAUUCAUACUUUAAGAUUAGAUGACUUCACUCAUUUGCUUCCAAGAGAUUUGCUGCCCAUCGUAGCUGUAUGUCAGUAUUCCUGCUAUUUUACGGGCUUAUAUAUUGAUGAUGUCAAAUUAGGUUCAGAUCUUGUGGAUAUUAUCUUAUCAGUUGUUCGUAAUUCGCGUUCUUUAAAGGUACUUAUUCUCCGCAGCUGUGCUCUGCCAAAAGAUUUUAUUGCUUCGUUUUCAAACGCCUUACAAAGUAGUACGUCUUCUUUGGAAGAGAUAGAUUUUUCCAAGAAUGUUUUGGAUGAUAAGAAAGGCUUUGUUGCCUUAUCGUCUUUGCUGUCAAAACUGACGUCACUACAAUCAUUAACACUUUCCGAAUGUGCAUUGUCAGAAAAAAGUGUAAAUCAAGUAUGCUAUGGAAUUUUGCAAGGAAUCAAAACAAACACAAUUCCUGAAUGCAAAUUUCUAGCUACACUUGAUUUUUCAGGGAAUAAUUUGAAAGAUGAUGUCAGCGAUUUACUCCAGUUGCUAUCAUUAUGCAUUAGUCUUCGAGUUUUAAAUCUGUCUGGGACCGGUAUUAACAUCGAUAAAUUGUGGGCUUCACUCAUUUAUGGAGGUUUACAAUUGGAAAUACUGAAAUUAGCGGGUUGUCAAACGGGUCGUCGUAAUAAAGAAAAUGCUCAACAAAUGAAAGAAUAUUUUUCUACUGCCGUAGCAUUGAAACAGCUUGAUUUUUCGAAUACUAUAUUAAAUGCGGAAAUUUUAAAGGCCUUGCUUCUUGGCCUUGCAAGUAAUCAGCAGCUAAAACCAUUCACUUUAUGUUUGAAUGGUGUCUGUGACAGGAGUUCAGUGACUGUACUGGAGACAUGCCUCAGUGGAGUGGAUGUUUGUACAUUGUCACUAAAAGACAAUAAUUUGGAUUCGGAAUUAUUACCCGUAAUUUUGGCAACUUCACAAAUGUGUCAUCUCACCAAAUUGGAUUUGAGUGGUGCAAAUUUUCCAAACUGGAAACGGAGCGCUAAAAAUACCACAGUUGUAUCCAACGUUCUCUUAGAAAUUGUCAAACUUAUUGGUGAGGAUGACUCGAGAUUAAACGAAUUGUCGAUCGCAGAUUGUCGUUUGGGAUCGAAUUUAAGCGUUCUGUUAAAUACACUUGGUGUUGCGUCUUCCUUACAUUACCUUGACAUAACUGGUAAUGAAAUGGGCAAUUUUGGCGCUCGUCUUCUAGCAAAGGCAUUACAAAUCAAUACUUCCUUACAAACGGUUCUUAUUGAUAGGAAUCAAAUCACUAGUGAUGGAUAUGUAGAUAUUGCACAUUCUCUAAUACUCAACUCAACACUCAUUUCUCUUCCUUUUCCUGUGAUUGAUGUAGCGGAAUCGCUAAAUCGAGGAGAUCGUGCAAAAACGCUGGCAGCACUCACUGAGAUUGAAGCAUGCGUGAAGAAAAAUCGCGCAGGACGUAGCCACUCUGAAAAGCAGUACAUGUGUUCGGUGAUUGCUUCAAAACAGGAAAUUGAAUCAUGCGAUAGUGGAAAUUCGAAACUCGGUUUCGAAGAACUGAAACGGUCGCUGGAUGGAUUAGACUUAUCCGAAGAGUUGGAUAUAGAAUUAGAAAAAGUAGCUUAUGACAUGGUCUCUCGUUUAGAUGACUUUCUAUUAAUCAAUGUUAAGCAAACUUUACAUCCGGUUAUGAAAGCAGCUGAAAAGGAAGGCUCAAGUAAGCGCACUUUAGUCAUAAAACAGAAUUCGCUUGCUCGUGAAGCUUUAAGGAACAAUAUCGUUAGCUAUUUGUGUAAAGCAAAAUGGAAAUUGAUCAGUGAAACUGUACAGAGGAUUGUAAAUGAUUACCAUGUACAACGUAACAGUAUGGAAAAAGAUGAUAUAGGAUUACAGAACGAAAGUGACAGUUCACCGAGUAUCAGCGCAUCUAAUUCUACAAAAUUAAUCGCUGUGAGAUCACAUCGUCCAAAAUCGGUGAUUACGGAAUUAUCCAUUGAUGAAGUGGGAGAGAAGGUUAAUUUGGAUGCUCCUCCCAUGCCUUCCGCUUUGAAUCACCCAUCAAAAUGCCGCCCAAGGCCGAUAAGAAAUUUCAAAAGAAUCAAGCCUCAAUUACUCUUGGAGGAUGCUCACCAAAAUCACAGUGGAAACGAAAAUAAUGACAAUUCCGCAGUGUACGAUAUUGCUGCUAAUGAAUCGGUUACUUGUUCACCUGGCGGAUCAGAGGUUGAUGCUCAUUCCAGCAAUUUGUCGAUCAAUGAUGAAUAUCGUUCGGGUUCACCAGCUGUCACGCGUAGUUGUGCCAUGCUAUCUCCUUCACAAGAAAACUUCACGGGUGUAGGAUCUGGAGCAGUCCAACCAUCAACUCCACCUUUACCGCUAUCAGCCAAUACUUCAGCAAUAGCUGCACCACCCAUUGUACCAAGACGAAACAAAGCCAGCGUAUCUGUGAUGCCUCCGACUUUGCCACCUAAGCCUGAUCAGAUUGUUGCAGUUCGUCCGGUAAGUUGUACCGUCGAUGAUGACAGCAGAUCAGGUCGUAAGUCGGUCGCUGAUAUGGCACGACUGUUUUCAUCUACUGAUGCUCCGUUUAGUCGUCGUUCAUGA